AGACCUCAGCUCAGUCCUGCGACUCUCAUUGGCUGGCACUUUGUACAAAAUCCAGAAAAGCACUUCACUCACAACACACACCAACAAAUCCUAAAGGCGUUCAUGCAGCCUCCUCCUCCAUCACUGCGCCGCUGUAGCACCGCUUCUCCACCCGAUGUAACCGCUCAGCGUUUAACUUUUCUCCGCACUGUUGCUCUGAAUCUGAAGACGGCUGCUCCUUUUUUCUGCUCCUCUCCUGCUUUUGGCUGCUUUUGUGCUUUUUCAUGCGCCAGGACGUCGUUUUUCUGUGCUGACUUGAAUAUUUCUCCUGGAGGAAACCGUACAAACAAAGAACUUUACAGCCGUCGAUAAGGGUGCUUCUUCAUCGAUGUCUUCCGCUCUUGUCGUUAUGGAACAGGUUCCUGGUGUAACGCGGACCACACGGCCUGAAGAGGAAACCAAGUACGCAUCGGGAGCUCCAUCAAUUUUCAAAAUUUUCUCCAACUUCAGCCCUCAGACAAACAUUAGCAUGAUGUCGUAUUUAAAGCAACCACCUUACACAGUCAAUGGGCUCAGCUUAACUACUUCCGGAAUGGAUCUUUUGCAUCCAUCAGUGGGCUAUCCAGCAACGCCACGGAAGCAGAGGCGAGAGAGGACUACUUUUACGCGCGCACAGCUUGACGUUUUGGAGGCUUUGUUCGCAAAAACUCGAUAUCCGGACAUAUUCAUGCGCGAAGAGGUGGCCCUGAAAAUCAAUCUACCUGAAUCUCGAGUACAGGUCUGGUUUAAGAACCGGCGGGCAAAGUGUCGCCAGCAGCAGCAGCAGCAGCAGAACGGGGGCCAGAACAAGGUCCGACCUGCCAAAAAGAAAAGUUCUCCGACCAGAGAAGUGAGCUCGGAGAGCGGCGCCAGCGGCCAGUUCACGCCCCCCACCAGCACCACCACCGUCCCUGCCAUCUCCACUAGCACCGCCCCGGCGUCCAUAUGGAGCCCGGCGUCCAUCUCUCCUCUUGCAGACCCCCUGUCUACCUCCUCCUCGUGCAUGCAGAGGUCCUACCCCAUGACUUACACGCAGGCCUCGAGCUACAGUCAGGGCUACGCCGGCUCGACGUCUUACUUCGGCGGCAUGGACUGCGGCUCUUACCUCACUCCCAUGCACCACCAGCUGUCGGGGCCCGGAUCGACCCUCAGUCCGAUGAGCACGAACGCGGUCACGAGCCACCUGAACCAGUCCCCGGCGUCCCUCUCCGGCCAGGGCUACGGGACGUCCGGCAUAGGCUUCAACUCCACGGCAGACUGCUUGGAUUAUAAGGACCAGGCGGCGUCCUGGAAGCUGAACUUCAACGCCGAUUGCUUGGAUUAUAAGGAUCAAACAUCCUCGUGGAAAUUCCAGGUCCUGUGAACAAAGCAAUCAGGUGUUAUUAAAAAAAACAAAGUGCACAAAACAGUGACGAUCACCCCACAAUAAAACACACAGGACUGGGUUACACGAGGCAGGGCUCUCUGAGGCCUCGAGAUGGUCUUUGGUCCUCCUAAGAGGAGAGGUUUAAUUUAUUUUAGCACUGGCAAAGAGAUUUUCCCCCUGUCACAAGUUGUAGCCCCUCAUCCAUGUCUGUCUGUGUGCCUCUGUGCGUAAAACACCUGUUGAAGACAAAGUUACACCACAGCCACGGAACUAAUGUUUAUCCAAGAACAAACUCAGUUCAUUCUCCUGCUCGGGAUGAACAAACUUUUCACACAACUUUGCCCAAACUUCAGGCAGAGAGACAUAAGGAUGCUGUGUGGACAUGGAUGCACUACUUUAUUUAAGAAAAAAAAUGUUUAUAAGGAAUCAAUAUGUAGUUUCUAAGAGACAAUCAGUGUGUGUCUUAUAUAAAUGGUACAUAUGUGUUUUUUUUUUUUAUCUGUGCUAGCCUUCGAAACUGUGAUCUGUUGUAACGUAUGCAAUUUGUGAGCCCCCCUCGCAUCAGACUCUCUGCUGUGAUUUUAAUAGAUUUCUAACUUCUUCUUUUUUUUCUGAACAACGAAGAGAUGCUGACGGUUCAGUUCCCUGCAUCACAAAGAGAGAUGAGACUUUCCGAACACAUGGUAGUAAUAAGUAAGGGUUAGAACCCCACUGGAAGUGACUUUCGGGCCGCUGAGAGCUCCACACCUUUGCUCCCCCUCCAUUGAUCUCAGCACACGGUGAUUGUGGAUCCUUCACUGGCUCCAAAGAUGGUGUGACCUCACCGCUGAAAUGACAUGAAUAAAGGUCCUGUGAGCUUAA